GCCUAUAGUUCAAACUGGGAAAAUGGCGGGGGAUUCUGAACCGGUGGUCAUCGUCCCUCCGCUGACCGAGGAGUUAGUGACUGGUAGGGAAGACCUGGUUUCGGUCCCAGGUGUGCCCGGAGAGGACUUCAGGGUGCGCUGCACCUCUAAACGGGCUGUGACGGAAAUGCUAGAGCUGUGCGGCCGCUUCGUGCAAGGGCUCGGGGACGCGUUACCAGAGGAGAUUCGGGAACCUGCGCUGCGAGAUGCGCAGUGGACUUUUGAAUCAGCUAUGCAUGAGAAUAUCAGCAUUAAUGGGCAAGCAUGGCAGGAAGCUUCAGAUAAUGGAUUUAUGGAUUCUGACAUCAAAGUACUUGAAGAUCAGUUUGAUGAAAUCAUAGUAGAUGUAGCCAUGAAACGUAAGCAGUAUCCCAGAAAGAUCCUUGAAUGUGUCAUCAAAACCAUAAAGGCAAAACAAGAAAUUCUGAAGCAGUACCAACCUGUUGUACAUCCAUUGGACCUAAAAUUUGACCCUGAUCCAGCCUCUCAUAUGGAAAAUUUGAAAUGCAGAGGGGAAACAAUAGCUAAGGAGAUCAGUGAAGCCAUGAAGUCCUUGCCUGUGUUAAUUGAACAAGCAGACGGAUUUUCCCAAGUUUUAAAGAUGCAGCCUAUUAUCCAGCUCCAAAGGGUCCACCAAGAAGUCUUUUCCAGUUGUUACAAGAAACCAGAUGUUAAACCUGAGAACUUUAUAACACAAAUAGAAACCACACCAACAGAGACUGCUGCCAGGAAAACCACUGACAUAGUAUUGAAAGGAAAGAGAACUAAAGAUUGCCCCCAGAGAAAAUGGUAUCCAUUGCGGCCAAAGAGAGUUAAUCUUGAUAUAUAAGCUCCUUUUAUUUAUCUUGGGAGUUAAAAAUAGUUGCUAUCAAUAUUUAGAUUACUGUCUAAUGCCUAGAAAGGACUUCAUUUAAAAUAACAAAUAAUUCUUUAGUGAUUCAUUUGCUUUAAAUGCCAUCAACUCUUGACUGCCUUGCAGCUUUUAUGGAAUUUCACAAAUGGUAUGUCCUGUUAGAUUUCCCUGAUAUACAUCUUUCUAUUAAAAAAAAAAAAAAAUGCAAGCCAUGUAACAGUUGUCUUUAUUUAACCGCUGAAAAGUAAUCAUCAGUUCUGCACAGCUGCUGUUUUUGUUUUAUUGUUUUUGUUUGUUUGUUUUUUGUCUUUUUAGGUUCAUUUUGAUUUGUCAAAUUCAUGUUCAAAUGAUAAGACUGGACUUGACUUUGUUACUCUAAGGUCAGCUAAUUUGGAUUUGUAGGUUAAUUUUAGGAUUUUUUGUUUUUAUUUCUCUUUUGUAAGACUUAGAGAAGAAUAAUACUGUUUGUGGGAGAGUUACUUUAACAAAUAAAAACUGACAUGUCCAAUAUUUCCUGCCCAUGUUUUUGUUUUCCACAGACCUUUUAACUUUUAAACAUAAUUUGACUUGGGACUUACAGUUUCUUUUCAGUAUUUAUCAUUUUUUUAUAGAUAAUUUCAGUUCAAAAAAUAUAUGUCAGAUUAAUACAUGGGCAAAUUGUCAUUGUGGAAUAAAUAUACAUGUAAUCAUACUGAAAUAUUUUACAUUUAAGGAAGUUUAUAUGUGAAGUAUAUAAUCAUUGAUAAUAGUCUAAGAAAGCUAUGCCUCUAAUAUUUAACUACAGUUUCUUAGUAGCUCUUAUUGUGUCACUUACAUUGUGCAACAUGGGUGGGACCAUCUAACUUGCCAAUUGUUUUUCCUCUUGAUGAUAUAAUGCCUUCAUCCAUUAUCAAAGGAAUUUACUAAUCAUGAGGUUGGAAAAUCUGUACUUCUCUUGCUCAUUAUGUCUUAAUAAUCAUAAAUAUCUACAUUUGACAGAUCUGUCUCAGUGAAGAAAACUUAUGUCUAUUUUAUUGCAUUCUGUGUUUUUAUGUUACAUUUGAGAGUUGUAUAUUUGUACACAACAACGUUUUUUAUUAAAAUAAUGUAUGAAGACUGAAAUCUUGACAUUAUGUAUUUUUAAGAGUUGUCUUUAGGCAUUCUUGAGCUCAGCCUUAGUUAGAUGUUAGGUCAGCACCCUGCAUUUCAGCACAUACUAAAUUUCACUUC